UUGACACUGACAGUGACAUUUCGUGACAAUAAACAAGUGUUUAGUGUUCCGCUCACUUGAGAAAAAAAUAUUGUAAAAAAUAAUGUUGGACGACGUGAUGAAAACGAGAAAGCCGAAAUAGCGUUAUGGGCAGCUUAAACAUUCCAGAAUGGUCACCGGACCAAGUCGCCGAGUGGAUGUUAGGGCUGGGGCCCAAGGUAGCCCAGUAUGUGCCGGAGCUACGGGCCAAGGGCUUAAACGGAGCCAAACUGUUGACCCUGCGCUGCGACGACCUGGAGUACCUCGGCAUAAACAUUAUAGGCCACCAGGAACUGCUGCUAGAGGCGGUCGAACAUUUGCGGAACUUUCACUAUGAGUUGUCGCGCGAGUGCGUGCAGCAGCUGGCGGUGCGCGUGUCGACGGCGGCGGCGUCACUGGCGCGCGCGCUGCGGCACCACGCCGACGCGCGCCUCGAGACGCACUCCUUGGCGGACGUGGCGCGGACGGUGCACGCCGUCAAGCCCUUGGUGUGCUGGUUGGACAGAUGGCCUCUGUGCUCCGGGUCCCCGCUGGCGGAGCGCAAGGCGGCGCUGCUGAAGCUGUCGCUGGAGGCGGCCACGUGCGCGCAGCGGGACCGGUUCGCGGAGCAGCCGGCGCGCGCUGUGGCGGCGGCGGCAGCGGCGGUGGCGCAAGUGGCCGACUACAUCAUACAGGACGUGUCGGACCCGAUGAUCCUGCAGCCAGCGUCGCUGGACGCGGUGUCGCUGCGGCAAGGCACCCGGCCGCUCGGCUUCGAGGUGGUGCCGUCCUUCUGCGGCCACCACCAGCUCGCUGACAUCCGCUUCGCGUCACCCGCGCACGCGUCCGGGCUCGUGCACGAGGCGGACGAGAUCGUGCAGGCGGGGUCUCGCUGCGUGCUCGGCUGGAGCGGGGAAGCGGUGGAGCGCGAGUGCGUGCGUGCGGCGCGCGCCACGGGCGAGCUGCAACUGCGGCUGCGGCGGCGCGGCGGAGCUCUCCCCGCUCUGCCCACCCCCCCGCUGCACGCGCCGCGCCCGCGCGCCGCCCGCCUGCGCCUGCCGCCGCUGCACGCGCACCUGCGGCUGCCGCGCUACGAGCCGCAGCCGCCGCGCUCGGAGCCCGCGCCGCCCGCCGAGCGCCCCGCCAGCCCCGCCUCGUCGUCCGGCGAGAGCGAGCCGCUGUCGCCGCCCGCCUCGCCCACGCAGCUGCACCUCGACACCACCAGGAUGUACCCGCCCAAGCCGCAGCGCGCGCGUGCUCGGCGCCACUCAGUGAGCGGCGGCAGCCCGCUCGCCAAACGCGCGCCCAUCACCGUGCAGCAGUUCUGGCAGGAGCUGCAGCAGCGUUGGGUGCUGGGCGGCAGUCCGGAGCCCGACGACGCCGCCCUGUACCGUAGAGACAAGGCGGUGUCAUGCAGCACGGGCCUGCAACUGUCGCCGCGCCCGCGCACGUGCCACGGAGUGCCGCGUGCCGCCGCCCCGCAGCCCGCGCCCGCGCCCGCUCCCGCUCCCUCCUCGCGCGGCAAGCUGGACAAGAGCCACUCCACGCCCGCUUAUGACUUCGAGCUAGGCUCAGAGCCCGGUUCGCUAGCUGCACAGACCAUACCGGAGUCGCCCACCACGCCAGUAAACGACAGCCCGACGCUGCACCUGGAGAAGGCGGGCCAAAUACUGGACUUCAAGAAGUCCAGCUCGCAGAUCGAGGUGGCCAUACUGCAGCAGCGCAACCGGAGAGCGAUGCUCGACGACGAGAGAUCCGACGUGUUCAACGACGAGGACAUCAAAGAGAUCGACGAGGCCCCCAAGUUGGAGAUAGUUGAGGCCGUGAACGCUGUGCUGAGCGACAGGAUUGGUGACGAUGCCGAGGCGUCGCAGCCUGAGGACCCCGCCAGCAGCAGCGACGACCAGCUCCCCGUUACGCUCAAAUACAUCAAACCGCGUAUCACGGAACGCUUUCCUCCCCAAGCUCCUCCGACCCCGCCGCCUCGACCCCCACCCCGUGAGCCUCCGCCGCCGCCCCGCGAACCUCCACCCCCGCCCCGCGAGCCGCCGCCCCGCGACCCUCCACCCCCGCCACGGGAAGUGCUACCCCGUGAGCCUCCGCCCCGAGAUUCGUUGCCCCCGCGAGACUGCUAUCCCGCUGCCGAUGUUCCAGUGCCGGUGUCGCGUUCGCUGUGGGAGCCGCCGCCCCGCGAGCUGCUUCCCUCGCCGCGCAGCGUGUUGCAGAGCACGUGGGAGCCGCUAGCUCCCGCGCCGCCUUACCCCGCGCGCGUGCGGGACGCUUCGCCCCGCCAGCCCGCGCGCGCUGCUGACGUGCAGACGUCGCUGUCGCCGCGCAGCAUCAGCAAGAGCGACAUCAUGCUGGUGAGCGCGGAGCCGCGCCAGCUGCCGGCCAUCAACGGCUCGCCCGAGCCGCCGGCCUCGCGCUCUGACAUCGUCCUGGGCGCCGACAGCGCGCCGCCCGCCGCGCUCUCCCCUGCCGGCAGCGUGGUGCGCGGCAUCUUCCCCUCUUCCAAGUCGCGCAGCUUGAAGAAGAAAAACUCCAUGCUCGCCAAGCGGCGCGCGGUGCCCGCUCGCUCACUGGCAGCGCGCGGUGCGGCGGGGCGCGUGUGGCAGCGGGUGCGUGCGCGCGGCGCCGCAGCCCCGCGCUGGGCGGCGCGCCACUUGCUCCUGGCCUACAAUACACUCUACGCGUACCGCUCGCCUGAGUGCAACCGCGCGGACUGCAUGAUCUACCUGGAGGGGUUCACGGUGUGCGCGGCGGGCGAGGUGAAGUCGCGCGCGCACGCCUUCAAAGUGUACCACACGGGCACCGCCUUCUACUUCGCGUGCGACUCCCGCGACGCCAUGCUGGCGUGGAUCCAGCUCAUCCACCGCGCCACGCUGCUGCCGUCCGUCGCCACCGCCUCGAUGGAGCUUUCGAAACAGUUCUCUGAAACAGACUACUCAGAGACUGAGUCUGACACGGAGAGUUCCGAAAGGAGAAGCCAGAGAGACAAGGAACGAGACAAAGACAAAUCCAAGUUCGGCUCGUUGAAGAAGUUGACGCACCGAGCGAGCCGCAGCGAGUCGCAGGAGAAUGUCAGCCAGGCCGCCGCCACCAGCCUCGACCGAAAGUACUUGCGCUUCUUCUCCAGAGCAAGGACUAAGGAUGACAAUAAGCCCAGCAAGAGCAAACAAUCAGGUGUACCUGUGCCCACUGAACAUUACCGCAGCUACCGCCGCGUGCCGCCCGACCACGCGCCUCCAACGCACCCAACGCACCCAGCGCAUUCAACGCACCCAGCACACCCAGCGCACCCAGCUCGCCCAGCGCACUCCGUGCACCCGGCGCCCGUGCCGACGAAACCCAAGCCGAUCAACUACAUACACGCUUCGAACCCUAAUUUGUUAGAUUUCGAGAAGAGCGACUUUGUUACCAAGCCUGCCAUACAGGUGCCAAAACCAAAGGUGCACAAGCCGGACAACUUCAUCGGAUUCGUGACGCUGGAGGAGUUCAUGCUGAAGAAGCAGGAGGAGGAGCGCCAGCAGCUGUACACCAACCGCGUGCUGAUGGGCAUCGAGCGAGACCAGCAGCAAAAUCACGACCGGCAGGCGGCCAAGGAGUUGCAGCAGCGGCUGGACAGCAUCGUGCCGGACGUCAUCUACGGCGAGCUGCCGCCGGCGGAGCUGCCGCUGCCGGUGCUGGAGCUGCAGGCGCGCCAGCUGCCGUCCGCCCCCGCGCCGGCGCCGCGAGCCAGCCCCGCCCUGCACCGGGACGCUGGCAAGCCCAUCUCUGUUAAAGGAAAAGAUGGGUACGAAAAGAUCGUGUACCCAGAGGAGAGGCAGGAGCACGAGGAGAGGGAAGAGAGGGAGCAGAAGGAGCAGCGGGAGCAGAGGGAGCACCGCGUGGAGGCGUGGCGUGCCUCGCUGCGGAGGGCUGAUAAGGUGCACUCUGGGACACCGCACACGCCGCCGGCGCAGGCGGCCGGGGACAGCUGGGCCAGCGGCGGCGGUGUGGCUCGCCUGCGGCUCAUGUUCAGCAAUGCGCGACGCGACAUCGUGCGACAGGAGAGCAGUCGCUCAGAGCAAUACGCGCACCUGCAGUGUCCGCCGACGUUCCAGCCGGAGACGUACUCGCUAGCGCGCCCGCCGCGCGACCCGCGCCCGCACAAGCACUGAGCGGCGCAUGACGUCACUUUGUUUCAUUGAUUUUAACGUGAAACGUCCACGUAAUUUUCAAAUAUUAAGGACUGAACAGUGUCCCUGAGUAAAGAUAUACUGACUGGCUUCUUUUGAAUUUGGCUGAUAUAUGUGCUAUGUGAUAUACGAGACGUAAUGAACAGGACUGUGUAGUCCUACCUUGAUGACUUUGUUAUUAUUUGUUUUAGAAACAUAAUAUUUGAGGUUUCUAUACCUUCUGAUUCAAAAGUUAAUAAUAAUAAUAAUAAUAAAAUGUUUUAUUCAGCUGAGUACAACACAACAAUGAAAAAAAUUUAACACAUGAUUAAAGUAAGACAAAAAUUUACAAAAUAGUGACUGCACACCUUGGCUCUGCAGAGCUUUGCUCCCUGGCGUGCGGUCUCUUCUUAUAUCUAGAUUAUACUUAUGUUACAAUUAAUAAAUCUACAUUACUUACAUUCAUGUUAAUCUAAUCUAGGUAGUUACAGAUAAUCAUUAAGUUUCAUCAGUUAAAAAGGUUAUUCACAAGUUUGUUUUUUUGAAACAAUAUUUGCAAUAUCUUCUUUUUUAAUAUUACCAAUAUUUCCUUUCUCCUCAAAUUAGACGGUGUUUGAGGACCGGGUACGACAGUGAUCUAUCGGUCGAGGAUUGAACCAUGAUCUCUCGGUGAUAAGUUUGGUCCUUUUAGUGUUGAGCGAUUGAGGCUUUAGAAGUUGAGCUUUUGAGGUUAAAGAAGUUGAGAUUUUGAGGCAUCAGAAGUUGAGCUAUUGAGGCAUCAGAAGUUGAGCUGUUGAGGCGUCAGAAGUUGAGCUGUUGAGGCUUCAGAAGUUGAGCUAUUGAGGCUUGAGUUAUGUCUUUGGAUAUAAAGUAAGACUGAUCAGAAGGUGAAACCGGCCUCUAGUUUAUAUUAUAUCGUGCUGUAACUUAUUAAUUAAAUACGAUGAGUUAUUUGACGAUUUUCUCAAUAAAAACUUUGGUGAAGCAUAGAUAGGCCAAGAGCCUUCUAAAGUUGGACUUACAUUAUUUUAUAAAUUUUGUGUCGCGGCCUAAUGCAGCGAAGGGAGGGGCGUUUUUGGAGUUUCUGCUUCGUUUUGAUCGGCGAAAUUUCUAUAACGUGUGUUUAAAGAACAAUCGUUUCAAAAUAAAAAUGAACGUAACUUAGACAAUAUUUAUUAAAAAUAAGUAAUAUAAAAUUAUAUUUAAAAAAAAACUAUUUUGACUUCAGUCCAGUUCAAAAGCUGGCUGAUAGUAUUAUAAUGUAUAGGGCGAUCUCAGGCGCCGAGCAAGGCACUCUAAGUCCUUUUUUAAUAGACGUUCCUCAACUUUAAGUUCAAGCUACUUGAGAUUGAUAGGGUAGUUGACUCAUAUCAAAUUUAAUAUAAACAAUGUUAAUUUCGUAUUGUAGAUGGGAUAAUGGUCCGAAAUAUAUAUCGAUAUUGAUUAAUAAAACUUAAGGAUUUCAUAAAAAAACUUAAUUUAAAAAUUAUGUGAACGUUAAAAACGAUGUCAUUCAUUUUGUGACCAAUGUUACUUGAUGUACUAAAGGAAUAAACGUCAAACAAAUUUUGACAAACAAUAAAUCGUUUGGCUAAGGUUUAUUGUUUACGUGACGUCAUGAAACGAUAAAAUAUAGACAAUAAUGGCCGACAACGUUUUGGCUCGUAUUGUCAAAAAGAUGUUUAAAAAUUAAAAAUUUCAUGUAGGUAAUGACGUCUCAAAACUAUGAUAUAUUUUUUUCAAUCUAGUAGAAUGAUAAUGAACCAUUUAAGAACUUAUAUAAAUGUCAACUAGCCUAUUCAACGUAUUUAAGUGAUUUGCUUACUAUAUACUAUUUGCUGUAAAAAGACGUGAUAGCCCUGUGGAUAUGACCUCUGCCUCCGAUCCCGGGAGGUGUUUGUUCGAAUCCGGUCUGGGGCAUGCACCUCCAACUUUUCAGUUGUGUUUAUUUUAUAUUUUAAGAAAUUAAAUAUCACGUGUUAAACCUGCACACCAGAGAAUUUCUCAAUUCUCUGCGUGUGUAAAGUCUGCCAAUCCGCAUUGGACCAGCAUGGUGGACUAUUGACCUAACCCCUCUCAUUCUGAGAGGAGACUCGAGCUCAGCAGUGAGCCGUAUAUGGGUUGAUAACGAACGAAGUGAUUUGCUUAAACAGACGUUUCACGUUAAAAAAUAUGGCCGUGUGUCCCACACACUAUCAAUUAAUUUUCUUAUAUUUUUAAUAUUUUAAGCGGUUAUUCCUACUUUUUUUUACUUCUAAGCGGUGCUUAUUUUAUACCUGUACAUUUAAGAGCACUUUUUUUUUAAAUAUCACCUUUCUUAUUCAUUCAUUUAUCAUAUUUUGGAUAACCUCAUUGUUUUCUUGUUUAUUGUAAUUAUUAUAUUUGAUAAUUACUAUUUUUGUCAUAAAUAUCACAUUCAUUUCAUUCAUUAGUUUAUCACAUUUAAAAAAAAACUUCAUAUAUUGCUAUUUUGUUUUAUUUUUAUGUUCCGUAAAUACCUCUUCAUUAAUUAUUUUGAUAUACGGAACCAUUAUAUCAUUCCUUCAAAUCAUUUGUCGUAAUAAACUAUUUUAAAGUAUCACUAAAGUGAGAUAUUAAGAGUCAGUUUUACAACCUUCUGAUUAGAAUCGAAAAGUCUAACCUCAAGGUUUGUCACGAUAUGUGAAAAAAAAAAGACAAAACUUGUGAAUUCUAUCAAAAGAUGGUGAAACCGGCUCUAAAACUUGUAAUCUUUAAACAAAAUAUAUCUUUAUUGUAAACGUUUAGGGUAUAUUGUCGAUAUCGGCUUCUUCUUGAUGCCAAUGUUAGGGUGGAAACACACUCAACACGCGACGCGCUGCGUUGUACAGUGCGCGUUGCGUGUUCAACAUGUUUCUACAUAAUUGUAUAAUUAAAUUGAUACGCACAAUCUAUAUUUUUAGCAUGUACUCGAGUUAUCUACUUGAGCUGUGUUACACAAUAAAUUGUUAAGAAAGAAUGAAUGGUGCUAAAGGUGGUAUAUAGUGGAUCUUAUUUUGUAAUGUACGUAAAUCGACCUUUGUGUUAGAUGUAUAUAAAAUAUACUCAAUAAAGCAUCGGUCAUUAAAAAUGCGAGACGCGGAAUUAACAAAAAAUCAAGCGCUAAAAAAUAUAAAAAUUAUAAUUCUACGUUCGAUCUCCUAAAUAUUUUAGAAUGUUUCCUAAAUACUUUCACGUACUGUAGCUUUCUAUUGGUGAAAAUAUAGUUUAUAUCGGUCCAGUAGUUUCGGAGCCUUUUCGCUACAAAUAAACACAAAAAAAUCCUUUUAUAUAUAUAUAGAUAGUAUUUGUAAUUCUUCUUUUCUUUAUACUUUGUUUAUGUAGUGACGUCUUAAAGAUCUAUCGCUAAACUAGAAAAGAUACGCGAGCCCUAGCUAGUUACAAAAUUCAACAUUUUACUUCUCGCUCUUGCAGUAGAAGUGUAUUCCUUGCCUUUCUAACCGGUGGUAGUCUCUAUAAAUAGUCAAACUUCCAAACUUGACGUUUCAAAAGUGCUGGUAGACUAAGCUCGCUUGAAAUAAAUGAAUUUUUAUUUUAUUUUAUUUUGAAAACUUGAUUAUAUCCAACGAUCUAUGCGUAUAGUUGAAUCUCGUGACGUCAAAUAUCUCGGUAUUUUAAAUGGCCGGUGCGAUAAAUUGAGUGCGUGUCACAAACCCGGUGACUCACAAGCAUAACGCGCAUUGUAGCGUCGACUAAUGUCCGGCCGCUCAGAGAUUGCGUUUCUGGCAGGUCAAAGACAAAGACAAACAGUUGGCAUAACCUUGAAACAGCUCAGUUCAACUACCGUGUAUGCCAGUUUGAAGUUACAUUGCCCAUUCGAUCACAUUCUGUCAGAAACGCAAUCACUGAGCGGCCGGACUUUAAGCAACUGCGCCGGGUGAGACGAUGUUUCGGCUAAAGCUUGCUGCAUACGUAACGCGACGGGGACGACACGAUUUGAAAACGUCGUUUCAUACAAAAUACAUACGUCACAGUGGAACAGACGGGACGGUGACUUGUAAGUUGUAGCAACCGUUGUGUGUGCAGCGACCUUAAACCUCCAAACGUGGCUGGACGUCGUUUAUUGCGUGCAGUUUGCUGUAGACAAGUACUGAAAGUCUGAUAAAGGUUGUUAUAUCAUCAUGUUGACAAUUAACUUGUACAUAUGCUGGUCUACGAGCGACGCGACGCGCGCGUUGUACUCGGGCGGGCUUAGUGUCGCCGCACACGGGCGACACACGAAAGCCACUAACGCCGCUGCAAGAAGCAAAAAGGGGCCACAAAAGUAGCUGAAGCGCGCGACAGCCACUUGUGGCCAGUGGUCGAUACUUGUGGUCGGUGGCUAACACUUUUUAACCCUUACAUGCAGUAUUGUAAUCGCGCGAGUGGCGUGUUGCGGUGUUUUGUGUCGGCGUUUAGUGGCCAGCGCGUGCGGCGAAUCCAUAUAAAAUGUAUGCGUUUUUUGGUUGUGGCCGGUGGCCCGUGUGCGGGAGCCCUUACAGCUCUCGUGGACAUACGACGAAGUUGGUCAACUAAACCGCAGAGAAUAAUAAUAAAAGAAUGUAAUAUGGGAAUGACAUAUGACCAUAUCCGAUGUAUCGAUAACGACUGUCAUUUCCCAAUGUCGUCGAGAUUCACUUUCGAUUACGCCCAAUUAAAAUUUUCUCUAAGUUCGCAAUUUUGUUGAUCGAUAGUCGGCCAACUUAUGUAUGUUUGCGGGAGGCGGGUCUUACAAUACGCGCUUGUAUAACUAUACUAAAUGAUUGUAAAGCUGAUCGCACAUAUCCCCGCGGUGAACGCACUGCAUGUAUCGCUAAUGUAAAAGAUGUACCCGAAUAAUAAAAGUAAAUGUAAAGGUGUUGAAAAAAUAUGUCUUGUAACAUAACGCAUGUAGAGAACUCGACCGAUAUUCUCGGUCGAUAGAGAAGGUUAUGUAUCCUAUAUGAUACACUAUAAGGGGUGGUUUAUAUUAGCGUGGCGUAGAACGAGGCGUGAGCUUUCUAUAUGCAGGCAGUAGCAAUGGUACACCGUUACCGAUGCUUUACAUUUUACAUAUCGAUUUUUAUUCGUUCGCUGAACGAUCUAGCGAAUGAAGCUUGCUGCAAACGCAACGUGUUUGAUCUCGGACGGGGACGACAAGUUUACAAAAUAUCGAUUGUAAACCAAGGCAUCAAGGCACAGACCCUUUUACUCCGUUCAAUACCAGUAUUCCGUUCAAAAUGCUGUUACCUUCAGACAACCUUUUUCUGGAAUAAUUUCUAAAAAUAAUGACACCUUUGAUUGAGAUGUGAAUAAAAUGUGAUAACUUGAUCAGAUUUUUUAUAGCGUAUUUAUAAAUGUAUGUGUGCGUUAGAUGGGGCCAUGUGUGCGAGCGGCCACAAGCGUAUACGCACAUCAAGAAUGUAAUAUAACGUAAGAUAUCAGCAUGUGCCAAAACGAAAGCGACGUUUUUUGAAAAUUUACAAAAUAAUCGCUUUUAGCGAUGUGACUUUGGAGUAUAGGGAUUUUAAAUAUUAACAUUAAAGUAAAUAAAUGUAUACCGACUAUACUUGUACGUAAUCUUAAAGUAUUGAAAUUUAUGAAUAUUUGAGAUAGUGAUGCGAUGCAAUAUUGUAGUACUGUUUUAUCUAUUGACAUGUGUAUUGCUAAACGCACUUCGUUUGCGAUUGCAACAUAUUGAAUGCGAUACAUUUCUAUUCUGUACACGUAAUCGUUCGUUUCAAUUGACAAAAAUGUAUUGUUGCAAUCGCAAGUGCGUUCCGCAACUAACUUUCUGUGUAUUGUAUUUAAUACAUAAAUGUAUUUAAACUGUAUCGAUUUCUUGGUGUAAUAUACUGUUUGAACGCGCGAGAUGUUCCGUGAUAUAUGUAUAUUAUAUGAGUAUUAUGUACACAAUCUUUCACGGUGUUGUAAAUGCACUAUAAAAAAUAUUUAUGAAACGUGAUGAGACGUCCUGACGAUGCUAUUUAUAAUGUAUCGAUGUUUGAGAGGGGAGGCUUGACGGUGACGUAAGCACAGUGACAGGGCCGUGGCGGGGCCGUGUUUUGAAUUGUGUUUUUAUUUAACAAUUGUUUAGUUAAAUUUUCAAGUGGCAAUGAGAUCAAAGUACUUUAGCGGCCUCCGUGACGCAGUGGUAUGCGCGGUGGAUUUACAAGACGGAGGUCCUGGAUUCGAUCACCGAUUGAGCUGGCCCGAUUGAGAUUUUCUUAAUUGGUCCAGGUCUGGCUGGUGGGAGGCUUUGGCCGUGGCUAGUUACCACCCUACCGGCAAAGACGUACCGCCAAGCGAUUUAGCGUUCCGGUACGAUGCCGUGUAGAAACCGAAAGGAGUGUCGAUUUUCAUCCUCCUUCUUAUAAAGUUAGCCCGCUUCCGUCUUAGAUUGCAUCAUCACUUACCAAAUUUGAAAUUGUAGUCAAGGGCUAACUUGUAAAGAAUAAAAAAAAUAACGUUUUUGACAUCUUCAAAACAAGAGUGAAUAGGCACCUUCUAGGCAAGCGUGUCCCAUCUUAGACUGUAUCUACACUUACCAUCAGGUUAGAUCAUGGUCAAACGCGAGCCUAUUCGCAUUAAAAAAAAAAAAAAAAACAUCAUCUUACUUGGUUAUUUGAUGCAGUGGCACGAGUUAUAAAUCGUACACUUGUAUGAAUUGUGAUACAUAAUUAAACUGCUGUAUCGCUACGUACGUACGUGUACGGAUGUCUUUAUAACUCGCUAGUGAGACCUCUAACUCUCUGUCUGACAAGAUACUAUAAAAAGUGACAGUUACAGCCAGUUUCUUCAUGUAAAGCUAAAGUAACAGUAAAAGUAGUAAGUAGUAAAGAAGACUUUAUUUUUCAGUGAAUAAGACCGUCACUUUUGUUUUAUGACGUUACUUUGACUUGCGAUGAAGAAACUGGCCGUUAGAAGAAGAUGAAUGAAUAUUUUAUUGCACACCAAUGAAACUUUAAAAAAUUGAACCAAGAAUUAAUAUGUAAAGGUGGCCUUAUUGCUUAAUUUAUUCAAGAUAGAGGAAAAUUCAAAACUAACAUUUGCGACUUAUACAAAACAGAACAGCCCUCUAGGACGCAAACGAUAGAGGUGAAUUCACAACUAGAACAAGCGAGUUAUACAAAAAAUCGUUAUAGAAUAGCCCUCCGUUACGCUAAAUCGCUUGACGACACGUCUUUGCAGGUAGAUUGGUAACUAGGACCUCUUUGCCAAGCCAUUUUCAUUAAAAUCAUUAGCCAAUAAUAAAGAGUAUUAGAAAAUGCUACGAAAAGUAAUUUUUUUUAAUGAAAUCAAAUGCGUCCUCGCCUCGUGACGACUAUCGCUCCGCGUUUGUCGCGGUGGAUUUGUGUUAAGAUAAAAUAUUUUAUUGUUUGUAUAUGUAAUAUGUAUGCGUAGGUAGACAAUGUCGACGACUGGAACUUGGUGCAGGUAAAGGCAUACGUCCAGUAUUGUAUGAGUAGGUUAACUAUUUUAUUGUUCUCAAUUUUUAUCAUUAAUAUUGAAAAAAAAUUUCAAAGCGCAUUUGUGGGCGUCAGAAAAGCAGAUUUUUUCAUUAUAAAUUACCCUCUGUCUGUGAGGAGUGGCCAAGCAACGGUUAUUUGAUAAACGGGUUUCGAUGUCACACACAGCUGUAAAUUAACACGUAUGCUGUGCUGCUGAUUCUCCUGUGUGCGGCACACAAAGGCGCUCUCGCCUUACUACUACAUCCAAGUCAUCAUUUGGCCUACGAUGCGUAUCAUGACAUAUCUCGAGAAAACAGACAGACAGAGGACAUGUCCCAAUUUUGUAUGGAGGCUGGACCUUUAUUCCGAGUGUCAACUAAGCAGAACAAUAAUAUAGGGCUUAAAACCCAAAAUAAAAAAAAAUUUGAACCCGCACAUUUUUUUUAUAAAUUAAAUAAAAUGUUUUUUUUCAUUAGCUGACAACGUUAAUUAAGAAUUUUUAUCAUGGCAACAUGCUUGUAACUCACACCCUGACAGAUUGUCAGUGAUCGCGAAGUAGCGUUAUUUUGUGGCGUUUUUAAAGCAUUUUAAGGAUUUUUUUGUUUAAUACUUCUCUGUCUACGAUUUAAUGUUUCUUUUUAACUUGUGUCUUAUUGACAUUUGACUAUAUUACAUUGACAGCUUACACCGGAUAUGAAUUCAAUUCCAGGUGUUUUUAUUGGCUGUUUUGAACACUUACAGUAUUGUCUGUGUUUAAUUUGUAAACAAGUAGAGCAAAACAAAAAAAAUAUUUAUCUAAUUAAUGCGGGUUCAAAAAUUCUGAAAAUUAUUUUUAAUAGCAAUUUGUAUCUUCUAUCCGAAAUAGAUACUAUCGACCUGCUUAUAAAUUAUAGAUAAUAAAGGCCCAUUUUGGGACAUGUCCUAUUCGACCAACAGCGGUAUAAUCAAAAAUAACGCUCUCUUUCGUUGCUCGUAGAUUUUUUUAUAUUCAAUGGGAAGUUAACCCUUGACUGGGAUCUCACCUAAUUUUAAGUAACGAUGCAGUCUAAGAUGUAAGCGGGCUAUCUUGGAAGAUAUACAACUUUAUUCUACCCAUACCUCUGACGGUUUCCACGUGGCAUCGUACCAGAAGGCUAAAUAGUUUGGGUAGGUGGUAAUUAGCCACGGCCGAAGCCUACUACUAGACAAACUUGCGAUGUUUCAACUCUAUUGGUUGGAUGCCGCUAUUGGUCGACAAUAUUGUCUUUUUCUCUUCACGAGACACGCUGUCGCUAGGCCUACACUGAUGGUAGAAUAACUAUAGUGAUUUGAACUUAGUGAUUCUUAUGCGGCAGACUUGCGUUUGUGCGUUGCGACUGUCGUGCUGUUUAUACUUAAAUAAGUUCCUUAUAUAGCUAUUGUUAUGUAAAGUGUCAAAGAAAAUAUGACAUAUUUGUUCACCAUAUUUUUCUUACAGUGCUUCUAUGUCACGAAGACCAUAUAAGGGUUUUUAUGAAAAUAUUUUUUCACCUACAUUCAUAAUUUUUGAAAAAUUAGAGAUAAUGUUCUCUAUUUAUAUAACCGGUCUUCGUGAUAUAGAUCUUUAGUAAAGUGACAUUCCUUUUUUAAUAAAAUUUAUAAUAUUAUCUAGACAGUUAUGAAAUUUGGGUUUUACUGAAUACAUCGAAAAGUUUUUUAAAUCUACCUAUUUCAUUGCAUAGAUUAUUAUGAGAAUAUAUUUAUAUUUGUUUUAGCGAUUUAAACAAAAUAAUAAAAUUUAAACUACAAUAUAAUUUGCUCAAGUGCGUAGUAAAACUGCGUAAUACGCACGCGAAAUGACGAAAGUAAGUUUUUUUAGAAAACGUGGAAUGAGAUGUUGUACUUGUCUCGUUUACAUAUUUUAGUUAUAUUGUACGUAAUAAAGGGAUGCAUAUAUGUGCUAUAAGUGUAAGGUUAUGAAAAUGAGGUAUAUAUACAGGGUGCUCGGGAGUAAUUUCCCAUAACUCUAGGGUUAUAUUUUUUAAGGAAAAUUAAUUAAAUAUGUCCAAGGAACAUGUGUUCUAAAAUGAAUAGUUUCAGAGUAAAUAAUAUUUCUUUUGUAAAUAGAUCUUAAAAUGUGUCCCUUAUAUACGCAUCCUUAUAAUGAUAACGUACCGAAACUUAUUCAGUGAUACAUAUCACGAAGUAGCUAAUUAAUGAAGUGCGGGGUGCCAGUUGCAACUAUCUAUCAUCGACUAAGUCAGACACAGGCUGCAUACAUACCACUAUCAGAAAGUAUUUAAGGCCUGUCAUGCAGUAAUCAAGAAAAUCACUGCACCACUGGUCGUCACUCUCGUCAAAAAUGUAGUCUAGUAUCAUCAUCAUCUUAACUUGUCAUUAAAUAUUUUUUUUUUAAUUUUUCCUAAAGGUGUUACAUAUUUGGAACGAUUUGAAUUACUUUGUAUGAAAACAUAAAAUGCAGUUCGGCUCCUAUAAGUGAACUCGUCAACACUUUGAUGUUAUGGGAAACACUCCCGAGCACCCUGUAUAUAUUACGCAAUAAAUUUUGAUGUUUAUAUAUUUUUGUAAGCGUGACGCAGGCGGCUCGUUCUUACCUUUAAGCCUAAGAUGCGGGUCACGACAUAUCGUGAUGCGGGUCACGACAUAUCGUGAUGAGACGAAGAGAUUGUCGAGGUCGACCAAUAGCAGCCAAUUGACAUAUCGCUUUCUUUUUUGUCCCAUCAACAAAAUGAGAGUAUUUCAAUACAAUGGCUUUCUCUUCAUGAAAUUAAUGUCGUGGGUCGUAUGUCAGGCCUAUUGGCGAGCUACGAGUUGUGUUGAGGAGUAUCCUAAGAGAAUAUUUAUCACGUUGAAUUAUAUCAGAAUGUUCAAUUAUUUACUUAAAUAAAUGAAUUUGAUUUGUA